UUUUUUUUUUUUUUUUUUUUUUUUUCUCUUUUCGGUUAAUUUGCCUAUCUUUGCUCACUUUGGGUAAAACAAAGAUGGCUAUUGUACUUGACGAUCCAAAUCAACAUCCACAUCAACAUCAAAGACAUGAACAAAAGAUGGAUGAAAAGGCAGCCUCCCUACGUCAGCCUUUGUUGCAUUGGCUUAUGACCCAUUUAUUCUGCUGUUUAGUAGGGCCCAAAAAAAAAGAAAAGAAAAAAAAAAGAGCAGUCUUUCAUCAAUUUAAAUGAGAUAGGCAAGUGUAAAGUCAGUGCGUUUUCAUU